GUUGCUGUUAUAACGCUCAAUCAACCACGGGAUCGUUGGUCAGGCCACCUUCGCUCUCCUUCAACCGCAUAGUGUGAACACAACCACGAACGCAAGGAAUCUCAACGUCGGAAAUCACACAUACAGUGAGGACUCCAAGUAUGACGCCUUCACCGACCAUCAUCGCCCCAGCGGAGGCGCACACGCACACCGUCGUCUUCUUACACGGUCGCGGCGACACGGCUCCCCAAUUCUGCGACUCUCUUUGGCUGUCCACCGACUCGCGCAACUACACCCUCCGCGAGGAGUUUCCGUCCUUUCGCUGGGUGUUUCCUACCGCCGGCAUCUUCCCCUGCCGGACCGCGCCUGGGGACCAGGUCUCGCAGUGGUUCGACAUCUGGGACGUGCGCGACUUCUCCGACCACGAGCAUCACCAGGCCGAGGGCUUGAAGCCGAGCGUCGCACGAAUACGAAACCUGCUCGCCGAGGAGGCAGCGCUGCUGGAGGGACGGUGGGAUCGCAUCAUCCUGGCGGGCAUCAGUCAAGGUGCCGCCACGGCGACGCACACGCUGCUCAAUCUCAACAUUCCCAAGGCCGCGACGACGACGACGACGCCGCCGCCGCCGCAGGGCGAGGUUCUGCCCCGGCGCCUUGCCGCGUACAUGGGCUUCUCGUGCAGGAUGCCGUUCCCGGGACGCAGCCUUGGGGACACGCGCGGGGUGCUGGGAUUGGCAGACGCACCGACGGACAAUGAGGUGUUGCGCAACACGCCCAUCCUGCUGGAGCACUGCGUCGACGACCCGCUCGUCCUCGUCGAGUACGGCCGAACCCUACGGGAGUCUCUGAGGGGGUUUGGCGCCAACGUCGCCUGGCGCGAGUACCAGCGUGGAGGACACUGGUUUAAUUCGCCUCAAGGCAUGGACGACGUGGUGUCGUUUCUGACGAGUGUUCUGGGGGCGAGCUUGAGAAGGGGUUAGCCGAGUUCUGACCUGAAUGGGGAUGAGUGCGAUGCCAUGGACUUGUCGUAGACGUACAUGAAGUGGCGCGGCUUACGUCUCACUGAGAGACUCUAGAGUGGCCUGAGAGAAGAUUUGCUAGAG